UUCACAUCCUAGAAGCAGGCAGUCCACUGAAAAGUGCCGCAUGUGAGCCUGAGCCAGAGGAGGAGCCUUCAGCUGCUCUACGGCCGGUGAAAAGCACAGGUGAACCUGUGUACUCAGACAGACAAGAAUGGGUAGCAACAAACUGGCGGUUGUCAUCUGUGGGGGAGGCAAUGGCGCCCAUGCCCUGGCUGGAAUCGCAGGCUCCAAGGAUGAUGUCGAGGCUCGUGUUCUGACCCUGUUUGCAGACGAGGCUGAAAGGUGGACCAAUACCAUGAAGACGAAUGACUUUGUUGUGAAUUUUACUGAAAAUGGUUCUUCACUGAAAGCCAAACCAGCUUUGGUUACCAAAGACCCCAAGGUGGCGGGGGAGGGGUGCCACAUCAUCUACCUGGUGGUGCCGGCAUUUGGACAUCGCCAGUACCUGGAGGCACUCAAGCCGUACUGCAGGAAAGGAACCAUCAUUGCAGCAAUGCCUGGUGCACCUGGGUUUGAGUUUGAGGUGAGAGAGAUCCUGGGAAAGCAAUUAGCCAACGAUUGCAUCCUCAUGUCCUUUGAGUCUCUGCCGUGGGCGUGCCGUAUCACAGAGUAUGGGAAGGGAGUAGAUGUGCUGGGAGUGAAGGGGUUUAUGAAAGGAUCUAUGCAUGGUGAGGGAGGACCCACGGUGCUGGGAAACUCUCCACUGGAAGCCGUCACCUAUGGACAAGGAAGCUUAGGUAACCGACCUACAUUGAUAUGCAAGGGACACCUGCUGGGCACUACACUGAUUGCAAUCAACUCUUACCUCCACACCACCAUCAUGUAUGGCAGGUGGCACGACUGGGACGGUAAACCGCUGGCCGAGAAGCCUCUGUUUUAUAAUGGCCUGGAUGAGGCCACCGCCAAGAUGUUGGAGGAUGUCAGCCAAGAGAUUCAGAAUAUUGCCAGAGAAAUUGAAAAACAGAAGCCUGGCACUGAUCUCUCCCAAGUGGUCUCUGUUAGAGACUGGUACUUGGACACUUGGCCAAACCACAUCCCAGAUAAGACCAGUAUCUAUACCAUCCUCCGCACACACAAGAGCUACCCAGGUCUCGUUCAUCCCAUGGAACCCAGUAAGGACGGAAAUGGGUUUGUCCCGCUUUUCACCCAGAGGUACUUGACGGAGGACAUCCCCUUUGGCCUCACCGUCACUCGCGGCAUCGCUGAGAUUGUUGGAGUGCCCACGCCCAAUAUUGAUAAGAUUAUCCUGUGGGCACAAGGGGUGAUGGGUAAGGAAUAUAUGGUGGACGGAAAAAUGGCUGGAAAAGACAUCGGAGAAACUCGCAGCCCGCAGAGAUAUGGCUUGAAAACAGUGGAUGACCUUCUGGGGUAGAUGAAAAGAUGAUCAAAUUUUUGGGAUUUUUUCCAUGGAUAUUUUGUUAUGAAUGUGUUGUUAUUUAGGAUUUGGCAAAUUUUUUUCUUGUAGUGACUCAUUUGUUUGUUAAAAAUGUGAUUUUUUAAAAAGAGGUCCUUUGAAAUUAAGAGAUCCUCCAAAUGAGGGCUGACCCUUUGUUGUUUGAAAGUCUUCUGUUUAUUGUUUGUUGUAUUUCAUUUACUGAUGUUUCAUUUCCUAUUCUUUUGGUAAUUUUUCCUUCUUUUUUUUUAACAAGAAUGUUAAAAAUAUCCCCUUUUGGUGUGUUAUGUUGAUGCUAUGUAUGUUUCAUUAGGUUGUGUUGCCCUCUUUUUGUCUAUUAAAUUUUUGUCUUUUUGGAGAUUGAGAUGCUCUUCUAAAGCUGUCAGAUGACAUUACAUUUCACAAACUGAAUAGCAAAUGAAUAUGUGACUGGUUAGAAUUUUUUUAUAAAGACAAUCAUUUAUCUAUGCUUAUCCUCAUUCAUAACACUAGCUAAUAGUAUUAAUUAAAUCAAAAUUUUAUUAAUGAACAGUAUACUUACAAAUUGUCCAUUUUUCAAAUAAUUACCCAUAAAUUUUUAUAUUAUCUUACACUUAGAAAGAGCACAAUGGUUUUUACUUCUACUAAAUUAAAU